CUUUAAUUCUUUUAAGUGGCGCCUAGCUUUGUUUACAUCUGCAUUAAUAACAUUCCAAGGAAUGCAGGUGGAUUGAACUUGACCUAUAUUUUCGCAGAAAAAUGAUGGCCGCCGACGUUGUAGCCAAUCAGAUGCAUCGAGACAGUAAAUAUCAAUAGAACUUGCAUGCUUUAGUUAGUCACUCUCGAUGCAUUGGUAGAGUGUACUUCAUUGCAUAAAUUUGAGGUUAUAUUUACGUAAAUAAAUUUAAUUAUAGUUUGUUAGUUAAAAUUACUCUGUUACGUUAGUUGUUUUAAUGUGUUUAAAACUUAAGUGAAAACGUAGAAAAAUAUUUCAGCAUAGUAAUAUUUAUUAAAACGAGUGGGCAAAAAAACAAAGUAGUAAAACAAAAGCAAUUAUUGUAGACAGUUACAACAAUCCUAAAACGCGAAGCAAAUAGAAAUAGGAGGACGCUACUCAAACUUUUAAAUCUGUUCUUAAAUUUUUCAGUAAAUAUUAGAUAAAAAGAAAUCAGCAUAAAAUGUCUGUUGCGCAAGUUGUGGCUUCUUUAAAAAGAAUGCAAGAACUGGACAAUGAAACAAAUGAUGUAGAUAUUGAAUUAUUUGAAAGACAAUUUAGAGAAAUUCUUAAUGAAUUAUCGAUAAAAAAGAUUCAAGUUGACCAACUCAGAAAAGAAUUAGAUGAAGCAAAUUUGCAAAUACACGACCUUAAAAGAAACUUAGAUUCGUCCAAAACGACAAUUAGAGAAAAGGAAUUCAAUUUUGAAAUAGCUUUACAGAACAAUAAAAAUCUCGGAGAAAAAUUGCAGAAUUAUUUAAAUUUUACAACAAAAACAAAAAUGCAAUACGAGUCAGCGAUUUCUGAAAAUAAGCAACUUCGUGAAUUAGUUCAGCAAUUGGAGUUAGAGAAAUGCGAUUUAACAAGGAAAUUGAAACAUUUAGAAAUGCAACACGAGAAUGAUAUUUCUUAUCAAAACGAUUUAAUCAAUAAAAACUGUAAAAUCGAAUCAAAGAUUCAAGAAUUAAUCAGAAAUUUUGAGGAAAUAGAAAGAAAUCAAACUGGUUUGAAAAGUAUUUCCGAAACAAUUAUUAUGUGUGAAGACUUACAAAAUAAAACCGAAUAUUACGAAAAAGAAUUAAAAAGUUGUAAAGAAAGUAAUUUUGAAUUAGAAAAGCAAUAUGUAUGUGCUAAAGCCACUGCUGAUAAACUAAGUCACUUCAUAAAGGAGUCUUCAUUUUGUUUAAAUUAUGAAGACACAAAAAUUAUAUUAGACGAGUGGAAAAAAAGUGAAAAUAGUCUGAGGAAUGAAAUCAAACAGGCACACGACAUUAUUGCAAACCUCACCGAAAAAUUAAAAUCUACUGAAGAAAAGAACAAAAAAUUUUGUAAAUGGCAAACGGAAUUAGAAGAGCAAAAUAGAAAUUUAAAAGAUAAACUUCAAACGUUUUUGAGAAAAACCCAUGAGAACAUUUCAACACAAACAGAUGAUUUUCAGGAAAAGGAAAUAUAACACAAAAACAUUAAAAAUACAAUAAUUACAAUGUAAAUUUAAGUUUUAAGAAAGUUUAAAUUUUCGAG